AUGAGAUUGAUGAUUGGUGAAAUUGUGGAAUUAUGGCAGGUGACCAAGAGGGAGUACACAGGGCAAUCGAAAUGGAAGCACUGGAAUUGGAGAUCAGAAGGAGAUAUUUUCCUAAAUGGAGCAUUUUUCACACCUUCUGGAGCUGGAGCUGGUGCCGGAUACGCCAGAGCUUCAAGUUUAUCGGCGAAAUCAUCAUCACUCGUCGGCACCAUGACCUCUUACUCGGGUGCUCUUUAA